UCAGAUACAACAUUAGAGAUCAGCAGAGUCAAUGAAAUGGACGAAGGGGACUACCAAAUAUCGAACAGAGAUUGCAGCUUACAAUGGAAAUGAAGGAAAGCUAUGUAAUAAAGGAACACUUUCAUUGUUUAGUCUCACUUCUCCAUCAACAUCCUUAGCCAGUUCUUUCACCAUAGUCACAUCAUCAACAUCCGUAUCAAGUAUUGCAGCCACGGUACCACUGGAAUGUUCAGACUCAGAUGCUGGUCUUCUUGUUGGAAUGACGUUUUUGGGUUUCUUCCUCGGAAUACUUUUGUCUUUAUCUAUAUUUUGCGACCUCAGAAAGAUGAGAAAUUCAAAGGCACAGGUAAUUGAAGCAUCAUCCAGAGAUUACGAACUACCGACGGCUUAUACGGCGUACAAAGGUGAGCCGAACUGAGGAUCGAAACGAACUGAGGAUGAAGAUUAUGAUCUUGUUGGUACAAAUAACCUUCCUAUUACCUAUUAGUACGUUUUUGUUUGAUGUUGUGCCUGAUGUUGUGCCUAACACUGGCAAAUGUUACUCGAAUUACAAUGAAAACCGAGUAAUAUUGGAUAUUAAUCGUGUGUUUUAUAUGGACACUCGUCUAAGCCAGAAUCCGCUGGUUUUUUUCUCACGCGACACCGACACGGGCGAUCGCGACACGGGCGAUCUCUCACGCGACACGGGCGAUCUACAAAGCCAGGGGCGUUU